AUGACGUCAUGCCGGGAUGGCGAGCGGGCACUGUCGGAGGGCGCGCGGCAGGGGCGGGGCCCCGGUGACUCCUCGAGUCCGCCGGCAGAAAAGCGGCUUAAAGGCGACGCGUGGCGUGAUGGCGGCCGCCCCAUCCGCUUGCCGGCGGCGCUGGUGGCGGCUCCAGGCGCUGCUGCUGCUGCUGGCGCCGCCGCCUCCGGGGGGCCCACCGGGUAUUUCCCCGAGGAGCGCUGGAACCCUGUGUCGCCGCUACAGGCGCCGCGCGUAAUCAUCGCGCUGGUGGCAAGAAACUCGGCCCACACGCUGCCCACCACGCUGGGCGCGCUCCAGAGGCUGCGGCACCCGCCGGAGCGCACGGAGCGCUGGAACCCUGUGUCGCCGCUACAGGCGCCGCGCGUAAUCAUCGCGCUGGUGGCAAGAAACUCGGCCCACACGCUGCCCACCACGCUGGGCGCGCUCGAGAGGCUGCGGCACCCGCCGGAGCGCACGGCGCUGUGGGUGGCUAUGGACCACAAUGUGGACAACACAUCAGCUGUGCUGCGGGAGUGGCUGGUGGCUGUGAAUUUUUACCAUUCUGUGGAAUGGCGGCCAGCGGAGGAGCCCAGGUCCUACCCGGAUGACGAGGGCCCCAAACACUGGUCCGACUCGCGCUAUGAUCAUGUCAUGAAGUUGAGCCAGGCAGCCCUGAAAUCAGCUCAGGACAUGUGGGCCGAUUACAUCCUGUUUGUGGAUGCAGACAACCCGAUCCUCAACCCUGAUAUCACAGAGAACAAGACGGUGGUGGCUCCCAUGCUGGAUUCCCGGGCUGCCUGUUCCAACUUCUGGUGUGGAAUGACUUCCCAGGGCUACUACAGGCGCACGCCCGCCUACAUCCCCAUCCGCAAGCGGGACCGCCGGGGCUGCUUCACGGUUCCCAUGGUGCACUCGACCUUCCUCAUUGGCCUGCAGAAGGUGGCGUCCCAGAACCUGGCGUUCUACCCACCCCACCCCAACUACACCUGGUCCUUUGAUGACAUCAUCGUCUUUGCCUUCUCCUGCAAGCAGGCAGCCUCAUUUUACAGGCAAGGAUCCGAGGCCCGGAGGACAGGAGGUGGCUGCUUGGCAUGUGGACGCAGGGCCUGAUUCUGACCUGGUGAGCUCUUCUCAGGGUGCAGAGAGCUGCCUGGGCCAUUGCCUGCUCAGACCAGGGAGGAUGAGCCCACCCACAUCCAGGGGGAGGAGCAGAUGGGGUGCCUGCUCCACCCCCAACAUUCGAAGGCGUCAUCUCAGAAGAAUGCAGAAUAUCCGUCUGAGGAGCUUGGCCUGCGUCAACUCUGUGACCAGGAGGCCAGCAGAGACGCUGCAGUCCCACGGGCUCGCAUAAGGGCAGCUACUGGGAGGGGCCUCUGGAGCCCACAGAUCAGCUGCCAGAGGAAAUGCUCUUCUGAGAAGCCCCGGCUCCUUCCUUGCAGAUAAGGAGUAGAUUUGCUUUCUCAGGCCUGGGGGAUGGAUACCAGGUCUCUGCUGUCUUUAAACGGACUGGCCAGCAGGCUCGUAUGCAUUGGAGAUUUUGGACAUUCCAGGGGAGUGGCGUAGGCGGAAGGGGCUGCUGAUGGGGUCAGGGCCUUUCUGUGUCUGGAAUGGAAGCCUCCUCUGUCCAGGCACAGGCCUUGCUGUGGGCACAGUUGGGGGAGGGCUGGAGGGCUUGGGGAUCCUGCCCCAGUGGCUGGGACAUUAACUAGCCCUGAAUCCACCAAGUCAGGCCUCCCCUGUGUCCACCAGCCAGGUGGCCUUCACACUGUGACUGCCUGGCCUUCUUCCAGCUUCUGGCCACGAUCUUCUGUGGUCCCAUAUGAGUGGUGGCCCAUAUGAACAUACCAUCUAAGCAGAAAAGAUGUGCUCGCUGCAAGACACCUUCCAGCCCGAGGGCAGCAAUAGCGCCCCCUGGCUGGAGGUCUGGGGUCCAACCUCAGAGCCCCACGGCUGGGAACCGCUGCCAGCUAGUGGAAAGCCCAGUGGACCACAGUGAGCCUGAGCUCUCUGCAGCUGCUGGGCCCCCUGUUCUGCCUGUGGGCCAGGUGGGAGCUCAGGGAUGCAGGCAGCUCCGGAGCCCACUACAGAUGCCGUUGCUUUCCUGGCCCAGAGCUGCGUGCUGAGCACCACAGGGUGGGGGAGGCUGGGCUCCUCAGGGGCCAGCUCUCCCACUUCACCAUCCCUUUCCCACAAUACUCUUACUCACCAGGCUAAAACUGGAGUGGCCUUCGGGCCCUCUGCUGUUGCUGAGAAAUGGGCUCUUCCCAGACCGCCUCCUCCAGCCCAGGCUAUUCUCCCUCCCUCUUUAAAAAGUCCAGACAUAACGCACCUAAGAAAGCACUCCAAUAGCAGGUGUCUGGUCCCCGAAACAGUCAAGCGGGUGGUCUUCAGUUCAUGGAUGCUCGGGCUUUGAACACUCUCCCAGGUGCACACGGGAUGAGGGGCUUGUAUGAAAGAGCCUCCAGAUCUGGGUGGGAGCCCCACAUCUCUCUCCAGGUGGCUGGUGUUUCAAAAAGUGUAGUUCACCAGGGAACAGCUGUGGAGCCUCUCCAUGGUGCAGAGGGCACGCCUUGUCCCGGGCAGACUUGUAGAUGCAGGGGAGGCUCUGACGUCUGAGGAUGUCUGCUAUUAGGGAUCCAUGGUUCAAGGACCAGUGCUCUCUCUCCAAUCUACCCUAAGUGCCUCAUGCUUCAAUUCACUCACACUGGCUCUCAGGGAAGGUGGGGGGGGAGGGUUCCUGUGAUUAGAAAUCUCCCAAGUGUCUGCAUAAUGUCAAGG